AUGUCGAUGAACAAGAAGGAAGGUUUAAGGCUUGAAUCUAUCUGGCGACGGUUGCUGGUUCAAGAGCAGAGUUUGGGCGACAACCCGGGCGGCUCACUUAACUCUAAAGAGAAGAUUGUAGAACUGCCGCCGCCAAAGUACGAAGAAAAGCGGGUGAAUGACUUUGUGCCAUUGCACGACUAG